UGUCCCUGGAAAGAUGUUGUCUGAUUCUGCUACUAAUUUGGUUCUAAUGACCUUGAAAGGUGGAGGGAUUUCUGCAAGUCCUCCACUCUGUAUAUAAAGGGUUGCAACAAUGAGAUUUCAGGACGGUGACUGUGGCCUUCACAAGCCAGAGCUGAGGAGUCAGGAGUGGGGCCGUGAGACUUGCCCUCCUUUGCACCCCAGCAGGAGAUUAGCUCACCUGCAAAUUCAUCUUUAAGGGGAUGAACAAUCAAUACAUCCGCCGGGAAGUCUUUUGCUGUGAAACUUGUCACGAGCUCAAAAGCUUCUGGGAAAAAGAAAUCAGCAAACAGACUUGGUACCGGGAACGAGAGGAAGAUCGUCAGGGGAAGAGCGCCCUGAGAAAGCUCAGAGAAGAAUGGAAGCGGAGACUGGAGGAGAGACUACGGAUGCUGGACAAUCCUGAGGAGAAGCAGAAGCAGGCGAACACGGCGGGCUGGAAGCCGCCUGCCUCGUCCCAAAGAUAACCAGCUGCCAAGGGCACUUUCCUAGGAGAUAAAACUAACACCCCCAUUAUGCUGACUUACUAAACAGGACUCUCUGUUUGUUCUCCCGCGUGUAGAGGAUUUACAUGUGAAUCCUCCCCUGGGCUAUUGGAAGUCAUUAUCCAACUCAUCCCUCCCUGCAGAGGACAGGAUGACCGCCCAUGGGACAUGAAGCUUGUGGAAUUAGCACUCCCCCAGUUUCAGAGAUCCAUGUGGUGGAAUUUGUUUCCACAUUUCCUUCUCCUUUUGAAAUUGGAAUGCUUUAUCUAAGCUGACCAGGGACAGUGAUCUUGAUGGGAAUCGGGCUCUUCUCUGUCUUUGGGGAAAACAGUCGUGCAAUCUUUUCUUCCUGUCCCCCCUUUGUGUGAAGACAAAAAUGCAACCUCUUACAGAAGUAAAGCAAUGAUUAUAAAGAGUAAACUUUAUUAGCAAUAUGGUUUGGAAAUAAACAAAACUAAAUUUUGUUCUCUUCAUAUGAAUUGGAUUGCUUUUUUUCGUAAACGUUAGAAGUAGGCAAAACACAAGAUAAUGUUCAAUAAACUUGGU